AUGUUGCUCAGAGGGUUACGAGCCUGUACUGAGCGUGCCGCGAAGCCGCGCACGACAAACCUAGAUCGAAUUUCGAAGACCACCAAGGAAUUGCUGGAAAGAAGAAGGGUUUUGAGGUUUGAUCCGAAUGCAUCGCACAAUGAGCAGCUUGUAGCAAGCACUAGCUGCAGAAAAGCGCUGCAGGAGGAUCUUUUGAAAUACAGCAGAGAUCUGCGCGAAUAUAAUACUCUACUAGCAGCCUUGCUGAGUGAAGACGGGGCUCGCACGUCUUCUCGUCGUGAGAUGGAAACCAUUACGGAGAGGUUCUACUCGAACCUUUUCCGUUCAUCAACUCCUGUAUCAAGCCCCACUGGUGAAGCUCCACCACGGAUUUUCCCUUCGGAAGAACGAGUCACUAUCAAGAGCAUGGAACCUGGCACAGCCCCUUGA